CUCAACAAACUUUCUGUCUGUUUGUCAAACUGUCUUUAUUUCUAACUGUGCUAAACUAACCAACUAACUUAUUUUCAGAAUUUUAUGACUUAUUACCUAUAGAAAAGCAACUCUUCUCCUAUCCGACCGACGACCCUCAAUCUAUUUCAUAUCAUAACAUACCUAGUUUUAGUUCUACCUUGAUCGACUUUGUUCUAAAAAUAACCAUCUUAUAAAUCAAAUUGACUCAAUUUUUAAUUUGAAUUCGACUUUAAUUUGAAAAGAAUUCUGACUUGACGACCUGGGCGUUAAAUUUCUCCAGUGAUUGAUUUUUUGGAUAAAUUUUGAUUGAAGAUUGUGACCAAGUUAAACUAUCGGACAUCAAUCUGAACUUCAAAGCUCACAAAUUGUGUCAAUUCUCGACUGAUUUUCACUCCUUUUUCUUCUUUUCUUACCAACUGCGGUGGUUAGUGCAACUAACACUGAUUACAUUCUGACGAUUAAAGUUGCACAAAGGGAUUCAUUUAUAGUCGCUCUUUUCAUAAAUGAGUGUUCAAAAGGGUAAAAGGGAAGCAACUUCUAAUCGUCAACAGCAGAUUGUGGAACAGAACUCAAAAAUCGAAAAGAUCUACACUGAUUGGGCCAACCACUACCUGCAGAAAGCGGGUCAUGGACACUGCAUCGUGGACCUUCAGAGAGAUGUGCGCAGUGGAGUCCUGUUAGCCGAAGUCAUACAGAGUGUCUCUAGCGAAUCGAUUCACGGUAUAGUUGAGAACCCAGCACACGACGGAGAAGCCUUAGACAACAUUGCAGCCUGUCUCACUUAUUUGGCUUCAAAGGGAGUGAACGUGCAAGAGAUACAGCCCCAAGAUAUCCUCGAAGGAAAUCUGAAGAGUAUCCUCACACUGUUCUACGGCUUGUCUCGUCUCAAACAGAGAAGCAGAUCUCAAAUUAACCAGUCCAAUCAGUCUCCGGCAACUGCAAAUAUAAACUCAACUUCAACGGCAGCUGCAAACAAGGCUGUUCUGAGUAGAAAACUGAGCGGAACAACCGCCGGCACAACAAAACAGGCCGCCGCGACCUCCUUUCAACAAUUCCAGUCCUCAUCCUCGUCACAACACACAACUGCGCAACAGUUCAUUACUAAUAGUCACGGUCUGAAUCAAGCAGCAAACAUCCCUGGAACACCACAGACUCCGCAACAUUUAUCCGCUAGUGCAAUCGGAAGGCUCCGCCAGGACGUCUCAAGCAAUCAAUCUUCGUCGGCCAAUCAGAAAUCAGAAGCUCAGCUAUCCUCUCCAAUUCACCAGCACCCUUUGCAGAAGCAACAGUUACCGCCUACUCCAGUUGCUCAAAGGAGUUGCAGUUUUUCAGGAGGCAAUCGAUCGCAGGCUUUGAGCGUUUCAUCUGUUUCUGGCUCCCAAUUGGUCCUGCCGGGAGCAUCCAGACAGUUAUCGGAAAUAAACGAGAGUGAGUACUGCUAUGGAUAUGGUUAUGGAUACGGAGACUUAAGCAGUUACUCUUGUGGUGGAAGUGAAGUCUAUCAGAGUCUAAGUGGGGCCCAACUGUGGAGUCCAAAUAAGACCACUACCGCCUCCACUCGUUCUAUUCUUUCUUCUGCCCUCCCCACUCCCACCUCGCCCUCCCCAUCUACUCCUUCGAAACAGGUGGGACGAGGAAGUACUCCCGUUGACGCUUCACUCGUGCCAACUUACUACUUGAGAGCCCUCUCGCCGCCCCCUGUUAUUGACCACUACUCCAACUCCUCUGCAGCCAGUGAAUCCGGAGACCCAUCCAACAGACGCGACAGAAACACUUCGAAGGGGGGCAUAUCUCGGCUGUUCGGGGGCAAGGGGGAUUUGAGGAGGAAGAAAUACACGGCUUCCACCCAUCCCCUUUCGGGCACUGUGUCAGACGGGGAGGCUGUCUACUCUCCCGCUAGAUCUCUAAGUUCUUCCCAUCCCAAAAGUCCACUCAAGACAGCUCUAGGCAAAGCAUUCGGCCCUAAAAGUCACUUUCAACAUCAUCACCACGUAACUGAUGCAAACUCGAGACACUCAAUAAAUCAAACAUCUUCGUCAAGUAAUUCUGCAGCAGCAAAAACAAUUCAGAAGACAUCAGAAUCAGAGCCUCCUUACCAAAGGUCUGUAUCCGCGACUCCGAAUUCCAGCCGCCCUUUUUCACCGGUUUCAAACAUGCCAGCUCAACAACAAUCAGCAAUCGGCCAAGUGAACCGUCGGUUACCUGAUCAAACUCACCUACCCGCACCUCCCACCUCAGGUAUCCCUCAACCAAAAUCAAGAGUAUCUCCUAGCCGAGGCCCGAAUACGCAGACAUCUGGUAUACCUUCCGUAUCUGGUGGUGCCUCGAACGUCGGCAUAAAGUCACCCCCAGAGAUCAGGAGAGGUAUCCCGCAGCCUUCGAGUCGCCCCAAAUCACCCGCUAAUGUUAACUCUGUCUCUAAGCUGUCCAAAGCUGCGCCAUCGAAGGUGCCGCAAGUGUCAGGAUCCGAUAGAAUUCCGACUUCUUUGCCUCGAUCGAAGUCGCCCGCCUCUUCAGCGGUGCUUUCGACUAUUUCAAAUGGUGAAAAAGAGCCCGGUCUUAAGCUGAAACAACCUUCAAAUCAGCAAUCGAGCUCAGAGUCAAGUACUAGUCAUGCAGCAAAAACCGAGAACCAACAAUCUAAUCCCAGCCAAUCUUCGCUGCCGCAAGCAGCAAGUAAAAUUGCAGCUCCAACUCAAACUGCUUCUAAAAUGCAAUUACCGCAAAGUGGAAUUAAACCUCCGGUAUCUACGCAGGGAAAGCCGGUGUCUCGAACCCAGUCUCAGAUAGGUCGACUCAAGUCUGGGAUCGCUACCGCCGGUCCAAGCGAACACAAAUCACGUGCCGCGGUCUCGGGCUUACAAGCGCCGAAGAAAUCAGCAAUAGCGAAACCGUCGGGAUUAUCCAGCGAGCCACAAUCAAGGACAUCUACAUUGAGCAGACGAAAGUCUCCAAGAGCUGUAAAAAGUGACGACAAUGUCGCAGACGAUUGUAGCAAUGAGGAUUCAAGCGAAGUGCAUGAUCGCCUGAACAAGAAUAUAGAGUCAGAUAGAAAGGAAAAAUUGGCGUUAGAGUUGAAUGAUGCAAUUAGAAAAUCCGAUUUGGCCGCUCUUUCUGGUCGAACGCAACCAGAAAAUGAAAAUUCAAAUGACGCAGAGUAUGGUGAUUGCAAUGCACAAAAUCAAGCUAACUCGCAAGUUACAGUUCAAGAGCAGAGUGAGUCAGAUUUAUUUUACGGAUCUGUGGAGUCAGGAAAGAGGGAAAAGGAAAAUGGGGACGAGGAAGGAACGAGUGAAAUGGAGAUCUACGGUUAUGCGACGGACUCAGACCUGCUUCUUUCGACCAAUCAGUUUUGUGACUCAGACACCAACAGCUAUGGACAUCGUGGCCCUAUGUAUGGACAUCAUGGCAGUGGAUACAUGAGUGAAGGAGGAGAUGCACAUGCUAUGGAUAGGAUGAGAAAUGUCCCAAUUCUGCCCCCCGCCUUAGGAGGGACAGGGGGAGAAAUGGAAAGCGGUAUGAGUCAUGAGCAGAGAGUGUUCAGAGAUGGAAUUUCGGCUAUUAAAGACUGUCUUCUCAGAUCUGAUAUCAAAUUGGCAGAAUCGGACAGCGAGGGGGACGUGGACUCUGUGACCUCUAACAUCAGUGACCUUGUGAAUGACCUCAGCAGCGACAUCUCCGCCAACAUCACCUCACCCCUCGACAGAUCCAAACACAACAACACCGCUUCAAACAACAACACCACAAACAACAGCAACACCAGUGCUCACACGUCACCCGCAAACAUCAACUCAAAGACCAUCAGUGCUGAAGGAGUGUCGAGAAGCGAAGUGAUCCCAGCUGCGGUUCAAGUGCCAACGACGGGACAUUCAAUGCGAGCUGCGAAAAAGACGGCCAUAGUCCAACCACAAAAGCCGAACAGAGUUGACAGUCGGCUAACUGAUAUGGCAAACAUAAGCUGCGAAAAGACAAACGAAGACUCUAACAUGUAUUCUUCGUCCGAAUCAUCGCCUCAGAUGUCUUCGAACAAGUCCUCAAAUGCUACUAUUAAACGAUGUCCCAAUCAGAAGAUAGUGCAACCAGCGCUAACUGGCGAGGAAAUAAAAGUUAGUCAAAAUACAGAUAACAGCUCUGCGUUUUCGAAGCCGGAUGCCAAAAUGAACGCAGAUAAUAUUAUGAAUCAACAACAGCAACAACAACAACAGCCUUUGACUGGCCAGAUUAGAGGCAAUGUAUUCAGGCUAAGCAGCGUUAGCAGUGUGGUUUCAGAGGAACACGAGGACGCGAGAUCCGACGACUGUCAGCGUCACUCGGGAGGAAGUUUCCAGAACUCGGAACUGGUUAAUUCAAACGAAUCUCUAACAGUUCUCCACAGUCGGAACCAGGCGAUAAACAGUCACAUGGUUCCUAUUGGGAGCCCAAGCCAAAUGAUAACUAACAGACAAAAUCUUCAAAACUUGACAACUCAAAGGCAGAAUGGUUCCGGAGUCUCGACUUUCAACCAGCAGAGAUCCAAUGUUUCUCCUGGUAAGAAGACAGCUGCAAUGAUGCAUGCAGAAUCAGACGUUGAAUGGGAAACGGCAAGUAUGGCUUCACAAAGGAGUUCCUCAAUCAUGACUGGAACAAAUGACAAGCAUUGCUUCUCUGACACCGAGGACCUCUCUGGGAAGCGAGAUUACGGGCAGGCGAAUCUCAGAAAAAUGCUUGAAACUAGAGCUGCUCAAAUGCAACUAGCGAAUCAGCAGCAAGCGCCUCGGAAGCCCAGUGCCGGCAGCGAGUACCUGGAGUCAUCAUUCGCUCUUAUGGACAUCAGGAACCUAAGAGACCGUCUAGCGAAUCCUCACAACAUAGAUACUCAAAGUGACUACGGAAGUAUAGGAGCCAGUGCAACAAUGUCCAGAUCGAAAAGUGGACGAAUUAAUGCGAGAAUUGAUAGCCAGAUUGAGAACACGAUGGAGAAGUUUGCUUUGCUGAAUUCGAUUUCACCAGGAAGUCAGAACUCUGAUGGAUCCAGGAGUAACAAGCAGUACAACCAGUUACCCCUAACCCAGGAGCUGCUAAACAAAGCAGCAGGUUCAGGAUCCAGUAUUUCUCCCUCUGGUGUGUCAACAUGUAGUGGUGUAGUGAAUAAUCAGAACAGUCUGACAGUGGAUACAAACAGCAAUAGACUAAGUGCAAUGUCCGAUUGCAACUCGAGAAUAUUCAACUACAGUGCUUCUGCAAUGAAUACUCCAGUUUUAGGUAUGAAGCACUCUCGCAGCGGCAGCUCCAGUGGUUUGUUCCAAGCCGCAUCCUCCGGUCAAUCUAGCUCACAUCACAGGGGAGUAGCAGCAUCUUCUUCUGGUCUGCCCCCGGAACUGACUCUGAACUCGUGCAAUCCACUGGGUGAACUAGCCAGUCUAGGAUGCAGCGACAACUUCUUCUGUGGCUCAAAUGUCUCCCUCAACUCGGCUUCUUCAUUCGAAUCAUCACACUUCGAUGGUCAAAACAUGGCAGAGACGAUUCGCAGACUGAAGAACGAACUCCUAAUGUCCAAUGAGAAAGUGAACAGGCUCACAACUCACAUCAUUUGCAAUGCACAAACCGUGGCUAGUUUCGAGAAAACCCUGAGCAACCUCAACCAGAAGCUGUCCAACAUAUUCCCGGAUGGAAGCGAAACCACAGCCAACGAAAUCGAGAACCUCAAGAAUCUCAUCGAAGAGUUGAAGGUCAAUCAAAAACCAGAAGUUCUCAGUUCCAGCCAGAAAGAGUUAAGAGAACCAACAGUGAGUGCUAUUUCGAAACGAGAGAACCAUCAGAGAGCCAAUUCUCUCGACGCAGGUUGCUUUCUGUCAUCUGAGACUUCGACGUUAGAAACAGGACAGGAAGGAUCUCCUCAUCUAAGAGAUGAAUCGGAGAAGAGUCAUUGUGAAGAUAUGGGACUGACAAGAGAGCAGACAUCCAGUCCAAGCUGUGUACUUUCUGCGGGAAAUAGUGGGGACAAAUUGAGCGAUAAGAAAGCUAAGAAGAAUUGGCUGAGGAGCACUUUCAAACUGGGCCGCAAGAAGAGUGCCCACGGAUUGAACAAUCUGGCGGGGGGACAAAUGAGUAGUGCGUGUGCUUCGGAUGCCGAAUGUGACUCCCCCACCCAGCCCUCCUCCCCCUUCCACUCCCCCCACGUGACUCAUCCCUUCUCUACACCCUCAUCUGAACACAGUCAGCAGAAGAUUCUGACUCCGCUGCACGCAAGUGUCGUCGCUACGCCUCUCAUUGAAUCGGCUUCUCUUCCCAGACAAAAGUCCUCUGCGGCAAUGUCUUCAGUCAUGGACAGCAGUGGGAAAAUGGGAGGAACCACCCGGGAUGGCCAAGUGGCUCUGCGACAACAACUGGUGGAGAAUGAGAAGAGACUGACAGAGUCCAAGCUCCAGUUCCUCUCAUCUGCACACCAGAUAGACCAGAUGAAGGACGAAAUGGCCACUUUAAAGAAUGAGUUGGAUUUGUUGCGCAACGAAAACGAGAAACUGGCCAAUCAUGCAGAAGGAUCCGAGUCGAGAUGCUCACCCUCAGCAUCGUCUAUAACAUCAUCCAACUGUGCCUCCUCUUCCGCAUGUAGACACUCCUCCAGUGAGUCAUGCAGUGCCAGCGACCUGCAGCACUCCAACAGCGACCUUUGUCUAAGUCUACUUUUGGACCACUCCGUAUCCCCGGCUAACUUGGACUCUAUUGCAAAUGCAGCUCCUGGACACCCCCACAUAGACCCAUCCAACUUGAGGGUAGUGCGGGUGAAGUUGCUGAUCGGCAACCCUUGCGACUCUCUGGAACCGCAUGCCAGUGCAUACUACGUGGGAAGUGUGGGUAUCACUCCUAAUACACAGUGGACGAUGGUAGAUCUAGGAGUCCAAAGAGUGUUCUGUGACUACAUGUCAAGAGUAGACUCUAGUCAACUGGGGCUGAACGCAGAUUCGAUCAAGUGCUGGAGCUCUGGGAAAAAGAUGGUUCGACCUUUGGGCUCUAAACAAAACCAAACAGGAUCCGAGGUCCCUACUACUCCCACCAACGAAGUCAUGUCUCAGUCACCAUUUGACUUCUUCAAGGGAAGCUCAGAAUCUGUCCCCACUUCGAGAGAUCAAACCACUAAUACAUCAUCCUCCUGCUCAUCGUCGUCAUCAAUCACGCUUCAUCUGAGAGGCAGAGGGGAGGAGUGCUGUGACAACCUGGUGUUCGAUACAUGUGUCCCUAAGCCACACAUGUUGCGAUACUUCAAUCAAUGGGUGGAGUUCAAGAAACUUGUUUUCAUCGGACCGCCUGGAACUGGAAAGAGUUUCGUGGCGAUGAAGUUGACCAGCCACCUUCUGAGUGGCUCGGAUCCGAAUGACUCUCCUGGGAACCCAAUCAAGAGUCUAAACAUGGACUUGGAUGACAUCUCAGAUCUUAGGACCACAGUCAAAGAUCUGCUCAAAGCGAAUGACUCGAUACCGAAGAAAGUGUUGUUUAUUGAGAACUUCCACUCGCUUGGAUCCCACAUGUCGGAGGCACUCUCCAUUUUGGCAAAUAUCAAAUCCACCCUCCCCGUAUUCACAAUAGUGACCAUGACAUCCAGACCUAAUCAGAGCUACCCGCAGCUGCAGAAGGUGUUCCCCAGGUGGGUGGUAUUGAAUAACCACAAUGAGCCAGUGAGUGGACUGGUGUCUCGGUUCCUGAGGCGGAAGUUGUUGGAAUUCGAGAACCGGAGUGGAGGCACAGGCGGAGGGAAGAAUCAUCAGGUGCAGCAAGUGGUCGAGUGGCUUCCUAAAGUGUGGCACCAUGUGAACAGAAUCAUAGAAGUCUACAACUCAGCAGAAGUUACUCUAGGUCCUCAACUGUUCAUGAGCUGUCCGAUGGACCCAGUUGAGACCCAAUCCUGGUUCCACAACCUCUGGAACUUCUCUCUGGCGCCUUACUUAGUCGAGGCUAUCCGGGAGGGGCUCCAACUAUACGGUGCAAAAGCAGGAACUACCUGGGAAGACCCUCUGGCUUUUGUAGAGGAUACAUACCCCUGGACUUGCAAUUCCUCAGCUGGAAUCGCAGAAGGGGUCAAACAAGUUCACGCUCCAAGUCCGAGUAAAGUUUUCCCCGCGUUGACACGAAUCAGACCAGAAGAUGUCGGAUUUGACAAGAUUUCAAUUCGAACGUUAAAUCCGACCAGUGAUCAUUCAUAAACUAACAAAAAUUGAUAGUUUGAUUUAGUUAUUUUCUUGACAACAAGGAAAAACUGUUAUAGCAUUAUGAACAGAUUUAAUUUGAACUUAAACUCUUGAAUCUAAUGAAAACUAUUUUUGUGCCUCUUUAAUUUGUAGUUCUUUGUACAGAAUUUUGGUUGCAUUCGAAUCAUUGUGUAAUUUUUUUCAGAUUAAUGAAGCUUAAAUUUUUCAGAAAAAGCAGUUUGAAGUGUUCUUUGAAUCUAAUUUUUCUGAUGAGCCAGCAGAAUAUUUCUUCUGUGGCUUCUCAGCUUUGCUUUUUAAUUGGUUUAUCCUAACAUUUAUUGAUUUGAUUUGAUCGAAUUCACUGAAUUUUUGUAUAUUGCUGACCAUCAUCCAAAAUUACAAAUUUACUAUUUUCAGCUGU